UGCUAUAAAAAGAAAUGGAGUUUCCCACUUGUUACUAAUUUUAAAUCUAAUGAAAAUUUCCCCAUAUAUAAAAAGCUUUAUUUCGGUGAUGGAACAUAUUAUUUUAACCAGAUGAGUUCUAAAAUCAGUUUGUAUUCGCAUUACGUUGAAACGUUUGACGUAUAUCCACGUGUGUAUUACUUCCGCGGUAGAUUCAUAGAUUUCUUCAGAAGAUUUAGUAACGUUUUAGGAAAGCUUCCCGAUGAUGUGCAUGAUGAUGAUCUUCUGUCAGUACCAAAACAUGUGAACGAUGUGCUGCAGAAAAAGAAUUAUUUUAACAUAAUCGUAAUUGGAAAGCGCGAUGUAUUUGAAGAUGAACUGUUUAUAUCGAUAAAUACGAAAACACCUUUAACAGUAAAGAAAACUGAUGAAACUGGCCCUCCUUCUCCGAGCAUUGUUGUAUGUUACUUUGAGUUGGUGUCAGCAGAGGGUGACCACUAUGAGGAGUUAGAACAGACAGUAAAACAUUUCAAAUCUACUAGAUUUUACGAAUCUUUUCCAUUGAAUUUGCUAAUUCUGGCAUGUAAAGUAAACCUCGAGACCACUGAUAAAGAAAUAACAAAAUGUCGCGAAAAUAUUAUACGGAAAAUGAAGUCGCUGCUUGGCUACGAACUAGCAUCAGAAAAUGUCAUCAUUUCAUCAAAAGAAAUGAACAUUAAACAACGGGUUUCUGAUAUAUACGAACAAUGGAUUAUUGAAGCUUUUGUCAGAAUUCGAAUAUUUCUUGGGUUCUUUGUAAAAAAAGAUAAGCAAACCAGGCAAACUUUAAGCAUAUCGGAUGCAUCUUUCGUGACUUUGAAUAAUGUUCUUUCUUGUAUUCUUCAAAAUCCUGUUUUAUUGCUAGACUUCCAAAUUGAGCAAAGUGAUGAGAAUCCUUCUUCACUGACUCAUUAUUUGGCUCGUCACGUCAGAUGUUCUCUCAUAAGUUUCUUUGCAUUUAAGCACGCUUUACCAACCUGGUUUUGUACAAGAAUUUGCAAGGUUGAUAAAUUUGAAAGCAAACUAGUUGAAUCAAUGUCAGAUAGAACACGCUUUAUUAUAGGUUACCUGGAGCGCAUAUGUAAUAAAGUUGUAAAUGAUCAUCACUUAAAAUAUUUGAGUAGAUACUUUGGCUCAUCAAAUCGUUUGAAAAUUAUAGUGACGUCUUUACAAAGGGAUUUCGAGAGUGUAUCGUCCACAACAGAGAUGGAAAUAAACUCCAUGAAAAGAAUUCAAACUGUAAUGUGUAAAAUGGAAUAUGAAAUAGAUGGAUAUUUGAAACAAACUAGCGUGGAACAUUUUGAUUUUUCACCGAAACAACCAAGUAUAAGGAUUCCUGACAGUUUGCGACGUAGUGUUCUAAAAAUUGAGGGCGUUUAUGGUAUAGGAACAAUAUAUGAUGUAAUUGAAGUUCAUUUACAAGAAUCGGUUCCGGAUACAUCAUCUCUGAUAAAACGUCUGCAAUCAAUGAUGAAAGAAUACAACUUAAAUUAUUUGUUUAGAGUCAGACAGAUAAAACGUUCAAACGUUAAAACAAAUUGAUUUCCAAAAGUCACUAGUUACUGCCAAUUGACGUAUUAUAUGUAAUGCUCUUAUAUCAGAACAUUCUUAAUACUAUGAUAUUGAGGUACUUGGGUAUUAUUAUUCGAAUGGCGGGGAAAUUGUUAGUAUGAAAGACUGUUUCUGUCGUAUUUAUUUUAUUAAUCCAUUUGUAUGUGUGUGAUUGUAUUUAGAAAUUUUACCUAAUACUGUUGUAAGUAGUGAGUAAUAAAUUAAACUUAACUAGCAACAUGAAUAUGUUGCUGUGUUGUACUCUCAAAAGCAGGUUUGCAUUGCAUUGUAAUCAUUUGAUUAUUGAAGCAAAGCGCCACUUUUUCUAUAAACAACUUCUGAACUUAACCGACAACCUCUUGAGUCGUACACGUCCCAGUGAAGGCAAACGGCAGGUCGCGUUGAAAAUAUCCCAAAUACUGAAAAUGAAAAGAUUGAUUGUCGUGACCAAGAUCGGGAGGGAUGGCUUAAAAAAAGUGUUGAUAGUUUUAAAGACAGAUGCUUUGGUAGUCACCCGAUGGAUGCUUUACUAUCGCAGAAAUUUGGGAGGACCAAAAGGUAAGGACAAACAGCAUGAAAAUAUGCCGCUGAAUACUCAAUUGUGUUAUGUAUGAUACAUGACCAAAAUGGGCGCCGAUAAUUUUAGAUAAAUGACAAAGACGACGCCCAGUCGUUUUAUGCAUAAAAAAAACGCCCAAA